AAAAAGUAUGCCCGCAUGGAGCAUGAGGUGGUGGACAAGGCGCGCGAGGUUAAGAAGGCCGGAAACAUCUACAUUCCGGGCGAGCCGAAGGUUGCCUUCGUCAUGCGUAUCUGUGGUAUCAUUAUCAAGCUGAACAAAGUCACCAAGAACUUGCUGCGUAUCACCGCCCCGACAUCACCUGAGGCUUGCUUAAGUUCAUGCUGCGUGCCGCGUACAAGCCUCAACACUCCGACCUGUGACUGGCGCAAGUACAACCACUACGGCGAAGACGGAGACUUUGGCAACCGCAAGGAAAAGAUCAAUGAGCUGAUCAAGCGUAUGGUUUACUUAAGUGAUACAUAGCGCGUUGAGGGAGAGUGUUGAAUAAAACAAAACCAGGAAUAUAAAUAAAUUAAGUUUGAGAAAA